AUGUCGGAUCACCAGAACCCGGAUCAGCCGCUUCAGGAGCUGGCCACCGCCGCCCAGCUUGACGAAGAACUCGAGCAGCAGCAGCAAAAGGAGCUCGAACAGCGUCAACAGCUCCUCCAGCAGCAGCAGCAAGCUGAAAUCGAAGCACGCCGUCAAGCAGGGGCGCUCGUAGCAACAGAUGCUCAGAAUCAUACUUCCACAUCAACAGACGCACAAUCUGAGCACGCUUCCCUCUUGCCCACCUCGGCGGAGCCCACCUCCGAGCAACUCGCAGCCAGCUCUCUUGGCGACGUUGAUGCUGUCAUUGCUGCCGCCGUCAACGCGUCCAAGCAGCACGCCGAACAGGAACGUCUUCAAGAGGAGCAGCGCGCUGCCAACGAGCGCAACCAAGCGACUGCUUCCACCUCGAUGGACAUCGACACCGACUACCACGCACAGAACGCCGAGUCCAGCCACGGGCAGUCCGACAUUGAUCCUGCCGCUGCUGCCGCCCAUGCAGCUAAACCAAGUGACCAAGCUUCCACCGUCGCAGCCGACGAGUCCAUGCAGCAAGACCCAGACGCCUCCAUCAUGACCGACGCCGGCGCCGCCGCCGACACCUCCACGACCAACAUCACUCCAUCAACCCCUAAGCCGAAGAAGGAGCGCGCAAAACCCAAACCUCGUUCCAAAUCUGCAACCAAGAUCACGCGUUUCCGCAAGAUUACCAGCUGUCUCCAAUGCCGAGAGAAGAAGCAAAAGUGCGACCGCGUCAAGCCUGUCUGCGGAAAUUGCCGCGAGAAUCCCACCGACGAUCCUUGCCACUACGUUGAUGACCGCAAACGUCCCGGCUCGGACGACGAGGACGCCGCUGCCGAUACAUCAAUAGGCUCGCCCAUGGUGCGCAAGCGAAAGGAGCCCGAAGACGUCUCCCUCCAAAGCCCCGCUAGUGGCCGCGUCUUCAAGCGCGCCGACUUUCCACGCGUCAACGACCGUCGACAGGCACUCAUGCUCCAAACGCGUCGCGACAUGGUCGAGAAGCUCGAAGACGUCGGCCGCGAUCGUUCGCGCGACUUCAACACGCGUGUCAAUGCUGCCCGUGCCGCCGCCAUCGCCGACGUGCUGUUCGAAAGCGCCAUCACCCUUCCCUCCGCAGACGAGAUCUCGGCGUUGCUAUACACGUAUAAGACGCAGGUCGAACCCUUUGUCAAUGUAGUCGUGAUCGACAUCAACAUCGCACGCAUCCAGAGCUUUCUCCGAUGGUGGCAUUCCAAGCCCACCACCAUGCCGACCGACCCUCCGCUGGUGCCCUUAUUGCUCGUAGUUCUCGCCCUGACCCUCCAGGUCAAGCGCAACUCGCCUGAGUUUGAACGGCACAACCUCAAGAACUUUGCGCCCAUUCCCGGCAUCGAGUGCUCCGACGAGCGCACGCUGCUCAGCGUCGCCGGUCACUGCAUCGAUGCGCUUCAGAUCGCUUGCCCCUCGGCAUGGUCCAGCGCCUUCCAGGCCCCCAUUGACCUCACUAAGGCUUCUCUGCUCCGCGGUAUCUGGCACCUCAACGAGCUCAACCUGCAGUUUGCAGGCACAUGCUUUGCGCUCACCACACGCCUCGCUCAUGCCGCCGGUCUCCAUCGCGAUCCCGAGCACUGGUCAGGGAUGCGCAUCGAGGAAGCGCAGGCGCGCAGGAAUCUGUGGUGGAACAUCGUCUUUUUCGAAGUGGCUCACGCUCACCGCAUCGGCCAGCCACCGUGUCUCACUCAUGAAGGCUUCGAUACCCGAUACCCCGACGACUACGGCGCCCUUUACGCCAUGUACGAGCGUGCUGGUCUGGCUGACCCGGACCCGAGCCGCAUCAUCCUCCCGCCCGGAGCCACUGUUUUGGUGCCGCGUGUGCCGAGCCAGACCAACUUUGACUAUCACUGGGCCCGCUUCCGAAUCUACCACAUCUUCCUACGUCAGAGCCAGCAACUCUUCCGCUUUGGUAUCUCGUCGCCACCCGACCCCAACCUCAACGAUGAGUACGCAAAAUGGCGCGACACCUUGCCCGAGAGACUCAAGCUGCACUUCGAGCGACGGUCGAAAGGCUCCGUCCGACCCAGCAACGAGCUGCUGGCGCAAGUGGCAGCCCAGUCGUUUGACAACCGCGUCUACGAUCCCAAAAUCACUGAGGAGGUGCAAGACUACCAGCAGGGGUACAGUCUCGAGUUCAUGUACCAUCAGUGCAUGAUUACGCUGCACCGCCCUUACAUUGACGAGCAAGGCGCUUGGAAACCGCCCGAGUCGGUACAAAAGUCGCUUGAGGUGUGUCUGCAUUCGGCCGAGGCGCUCAUCAACACGGUCGAGGACGUGCUCGCCGUGAUCCCCGCCAACAGCAUGUACAAUCAGUGCGCCUACUUUGCCUUCAACGCCGGUCUCAUCCUGGCGAUUCACUGCAAGCUCGACCCGAGCUCGCAAGUGCAUCGACCUCACAUUCAGAAGGCGCUUGACCUGUUGGACACGCUCUCGGGCAUGGCGAGGCUCAACAAUGUCGCGGAGCAGGCGGGUCGAUACAGCUCGACUCUCAAGCAGAUGCUGCACGGCAUCGGCGGCGAUCUUGCCGCACUGGCGACGAGCAAAGCAGUAGCCUCCUCGUCGUCUUCAGCAGCAGCAACCGAGCAUCAGAACGGCAACACCAACGGCGACAGUGCUGGCGCUGGCGAGGAUAGGAACGAGGCAGCAGCCGCUGAUUCGCGCGAUGCUGCCAUCCUCGGCGCUCUCGACCCUUCGUUGGGCGGAGAGGCGGCAAAAGAUGGCAGCGAUGCCAACGCGCGCACCGAUGUGGAUGGAGGACCGGACCGCAUACCUGCUUUCCUGCUUCCGUUUGUCGGCCUGCCCACGGAUCCCAACCACCUUGGCCCGCAGACGAGUAACUCGUUCUGGAGCGAGUCGCUGCUCGACCGGCCUCUUGUCGGUGUUCCCGUCGCCUAUCCCGUCGGCUUUGGCCAGGGCACACUAGCCAAUGCGGAGCAGCAGAACGGCAGCAGCAGCAGUUGGUCCUCAUCUGCACCGCAGCACCAAGGCGAAACCGACGCAAUCCACGCUAACGCAGACGCAGCCGGUGGUGGCGAGCAGCAAACGCCAUCACAAGCGCUCGAGGCUGGUCUCAACUCGGAGACGACUGGUGCUACCUCUGCUACGGAUGGCGGCGAUGCUGGAACGGGCGAAGCUUCUGCGGACGCAUACAACCUGUACGAGCUGUUGGGAGGUCGUGCUCUGGCAUCGGAAAUGCCCGAUCGACCCAUGUCAUUCUCGCAGCACUACAACCACCAGAACCCAGCACGAGGUGACCAGGCUUCGUCGGCAUCGUACCGCACCUACGUGCAGAACUCACUUGCGCGCACGUACGAUCAGCAGCAGCAGCAACAGAGUGCGGAGGGCAAAGUCGACGGUGAGAGCGGCGACAAGGCGGAGAACGGGCUUGUUGGCGCGGAGGCCAUGCCUAGCGAGACGGCGCUCAACGCGGUAGCUGCUGCGGCGGCUGCGGCGGCUGAAGCGGAAGCCGAGGGGAAGGAAGGACUCGACCCGUCGGCGCAGGGUAAUAACCUGGCUGGUAUGUGGUAUGCUUGGGAAAAUUUCUCCCAGAUGCUCAACAACCGGCAGUAA